AUGCCUAAACUCGUACAUAACGUCCAGAAGAAACAACAUAGGGAACGUUCCCAACCAGGGGACAGAAAGAAGUUUGGUCUUUUGGAAAAAAAGAAGGAUUAUCAACUUCGUGCUAAAGAUUAUCAUAGAAAACAAAAUACUUUAAAAGCAUUAAAACAAAAAGCCCUACAGAGAAAUCCUGAUGAAUAUUAUCAUGCUAUGACAAGUAAGAAGACUGAUGAUCGUGGUCUUUUGAUUUCUGAAAGAGAUAAUGAAGUCUUAACUGCGGAUCAAGUUAAACUAUUGAAAACUCAAGAUUCAACAUAUAUUAAAAAUUUAAGAAAUGAAGAAUUGAAAAAAAUUGAAAAAUUAGAGAAAUCUUUAAAUUUUAAAAGUAAUGGUAAACAUACUGUGUUUGUAGAGGAUGAAAUUGCCAAAGAAGAAUUUGAUCCUGUUAAAUUUUUCCAAACUGAUAAGAAUUUAUUACAAAAUAGAGAAAAUAGAUUAAAAUUAAAUCAAUUACAAACUGAUAAAUCAUUAGUUGAUAGACUUGAUGAAGAAUUCAUGCCAAAAGAAGCUCUUGAUAAGAAAAGAAUCAAGAAAUAUGCUGCAUUACAAGCUCAUUUACAAAGACAAGAAGAAUUAAAAGAAGUUGAAGAAAGAAUGGAUAUACAGAGAGAAGGUAUGAAAAAAGGUGAUAAAAAGAAAGUUAUAGAUGCAAAUGGUAGAAGAACUUAUAAAUUUAAAAAAGAACGUAAGCGUUGA